UACAUUACAAAAACUGACUUAAACUGUACUGAUAAUAUGGAGAGUUGGCAAUGACACUUGUGGCCAUACGCAUGUAAAAAUAAACAAGGCUAAUAAGAUAAAUCUGAUAAUAGAUUUUCGUGUGGGGCAAUUUUAUGUCGACCGCUCGACGGACACUCGGACAGACAUCAGUGCCCCCAAGCUCGAAAGCCAGGCUUUUCUACCUACAACAACUGAGGCUGAACAAUAGUGGAAAGUGUCACUCCUUUGAUUAUUGAUUUGCAAGGCAGAAUUUGUUUAAACCGCCUGAAAAAGUUAUGUCCAGAAACUAAACAAUGGCACAGUGAGCCGUUUCCAGUAGUGAUUUCCAACUGGAACAAUAAAAAAGUUGACAAAAUGCCAGUUGAAAACAAAACAGAAGAUACUGCGGUACCUACCACCAACCCAAAAAGCGAUUUGCCAAUUAAACAACUAGAAAAUACCAAGGAUGUCAACGAAGAAAAGAUGCCUAUGCUCGUGUCUACAAACGAACCUCUCGAAAAUACAACCGAGAAAGACGUGCCUUGUGUUGACGAAAAGAAGAAAGAAGUGAAGCAAGAAGAAAAGGGAAGCAAGACGAAUAACGAAAACAAGGAAAACGUGGAAGAAAGCGGUUCAGGUGAAGAAAAACGUGCUAAUGAAGCUUUCGAAGUCAAAGGCAAACCGGCAGACAACAACAAGCGAACGGAAGACAUUGUACUGAGGAAGAGACGCACACCAGACAAGAAAGAAGCCAACGAAGAAGUCAUUAUUCCACCAAAAAAGCCGCAUGUAAAGUAAAAAGUGAAAGUUAGUAAGUUGGGAAAGAAAGUUUAGUCUACUUUUAUACUAACAAAGUUGAAUACUUAAAGUUAUUUAUUCUUAUAUAAAUACUAAUAUUAAUUGUUUGCGGUUCCCUCAGUUCGA